GCGAACUGCGGGGUCCCGAAUUUUUUCUCUUGUGCUUAUUGCUGUCCACUGCUUCCCCCACAAAACAAGCAGCUGCCCCGCGCCGAGACUGUCUGUCAGAAUUUCUCUACCUUCCUCAACCCGCAGUCAUCCUCCUCAACUGCCCCUCUCGCACCGCCGAAUUCCACCUCAAUUGCCCAAUUCCUUCCACAAUGGCCGCCAGCAGCACCCAGGGCGCGACCUACGCGCUGCCCGAGACGCACAAGCAGAUGCUCGAGAAGUCGCUGCUCGAAUCGGACCCGGAGGUCGCUGAGAUCAUGAAAAACGAGAUUCAGCGGCAGCGCGAAUCCAUCAUUCUCAUUGCCUCGGAAAACGUCACGUCCCGGGCUGUCUUCGAUGCCCUUGGCUCUCCCAUGUCCAACAAGUACUCCGAGGGCUACCCCGGCGCGCGGUAUUACGGCGGCAACCAGCACAUUGACCAGAUCGAGCUCCUCUGCCAGAAGCGGGCCCUCGAGGCCUUCCAUCUCGACUCGGCCAAGUGGGGUGUCAACGUCCAGUGCUUGAGCGGCAGCCCGGCCAACCUCGAGGUCUACCAGGCUCUCAUGCCUCCCCACGGCCGGUUGAUGGGUCUUGACCUCCCCCACGGCGGCCAUCUUAGCCACGGCUACCAGACUCCCCAGCGGAAGAUCUCGGCCGUCUCGACCUACUUCGAAACCAUGCCCUAUCGCGUCGAUCUCGAGACUGGCAUUAUCGACUACGACCAGCUCGAGAAGAACGCCCAGCUUUUCCGCCCCAAGAUCCUCGUUGCCGGCACCUCGGCCUACUGCCGCCUGAUCGACUAUGAGCGCAUGCGCAAGAUCGCCGACUCGGUUGGCGCCUACCUGGUUGUCGACAUCGCGCACAUCUCGGGCCUCGUAGCCGCAGAGGUCAUUCCGUCGCCGUUCCACUACGCCGAUGUCGUCACCACCACCACCCACAAGUCGCUGCGUGGCCCCCGCGGCGCCAUGAUCUUCUUCCGCAAGGGUGUCCGGUCGGUCGAUGCCAAGACCGGCAAGGAGACGCUCUACGACCUGGAGGACAAGAUCAACUUCUCCGUCUUUCCCGGCCAUCAGGGUGGUCCGCACAACCACACCAUCACCGCGCUCGCCGUUGCGCUCAAGCAGGCCGCGAGCCCCGACUUCAAGCUGUACCAGCAAAAGGUUGUGUCCAACGCCAAGGCGCUGGAGAAAAAGUUCAAGGAGCUCGGCCACAAACUCGUGUCGGACGGCACCGACUCGCACAUGGUGCUGCUCGACCUCCGUCCGUUCCAGCUCGACGGCGCGCGUGUCGAGGCCGUCCUGGAGCAGAUCAACAUCGCCUGCAACAAGAACAGCGUCCCCGGCGACAAGAGCGCCCUGACGCCGGGCGGUCUGCGCAUCGGCACGCCCGCCAUGACCAGCCGCGGCUUCGGCGAGGCCGACUUUGAGCGCGUGGCCACCUACAUCGACGAGAGCAUCAAGAUCUGCAAGGAAGUGCAGGCGGCGCUGCCCAAGGAGGCCAACAAGCUCAAGGACUUCAAGGUCAAGGUGGCCAGCGGCGAGGUGGCUCGCAUCAACGAGCUCAAGAAGGAGAUCUCGGAGUGGUGCCAAACCUUCCCUCUGCCCGUCGAGGGCUGGAGAAUGGAUGCCGGUCUCUAAGUACCCUCCUAGACAGGAGACAUACGGGGUUUUCGGGAUCGUACACAUUUUGUUCAACAAAACUUUGACGGGCUGGAUCGGCUGCCGUCGUGUUAAGUUUUCCUCUCUUUGUGUCUUCCUUGAAUUUCAUACGAUACGCGCAUCUAGAAAACUGGGCGGAUGCUCAUGGGAAUUCGGGGC